AGUCCUCUCACCUCUGGUUGUGUAUAAAAGUUGGGUGUUAUCACCACAGACAGACACACAGACAGACACACAGACAGACAGACGUUCAUACUGAUCGCUCACUGCCAGCAAUGGAAAGAAUUUCAAUCCUGCUUCUGUGCAUUUUUGCAGCAUGUACAGUCAGGGCUGUCCACGGGAGAAACAUAGAGGUCAGCAUCAGUGAUGUGGAGGAGAUGGACACGGAUGUCACCAUGGACGCACGCAAGCUUCCAGGGAUUUGCUGGGCAUGCAAGUGGGCUUUAAACAAAGUGAAGAAGGUCAUGGGACCAAACGCCACUGCAAAGAGCCUGACACCAAAACUGAACACUGUCUGUGAUAAUAUUGGACUGCUUAAAUCUCUGUGCCGCAAAUUUGUGAAGAACCACCUUGGAGAGUUGAUCGAAGAACUCACAACCACUGACGAUGUGAGGACGAUCUGCGUCAACACAAAAGCCUGCAAGCCGAAGGAGUUGUUGGACCUGGUGUUUGAUGCAGAUGAUGAAGACUUUCCAGUCAUCAAAGUGAAUGGACUUCCUGUACAUCCUAUGCAUGGAUAAAAAUCUAACUGCAUUUUAUUAGUAAGGAAAAAAAUCUUUGAAGAUGCAUGCUUUGUAAUAGUGGCUUAUAACUGAGAAGGGUCGUUUUAAAAUGUUUUUUUCAAUGCCACAAGUUGAUUAUUUUGUUAAUUUGAGAUAUCUGGAGAUAACACAACUGACCUUUUGUUUUCUCAAGACAACUGAUCCUAAUAAUGAUGAAAAAUUUGAAAAUGAGUGUCUGGUUCAUUUGAUCACACGUCGUGACUGUCAAAAGUCGCAGCGGCAUCACUGACGUACCUGUAAACUUUCAGCUAGUCUUCUCCUUAAAUGACAAGGACUGAGCUGAAUGUUGUCUCUGAUAAAAAUUACAUGAUGCAAAGUCUGAGUUAAACCUUCACGAAAGAUUCAACACCCAUUUGUUUCUGGUUAAUAACAGAAUAAUUAACUUGUAAUGACAGAGGUAUGUCUGGAGAUAACAAGAUAAGUUAACCUGUCAUCUUGAGAAAACGACGCUAAAAAAUAAAGCUGAGUCCUUUGCUGCAUGCCAUCCCUCUACUAUCUCCCCCCAGCUGUCCCUGCAAUGAAGGCAAACAAUAUAUGAUCGAUGAUUUGCCACUUAUUUACUUUGUGUUACCUUUACCUGCUUUGCCAUUCUUAUAAUGAUAUAUUUCAUUUUUGUAUCUGUGCACAAUUGACAUCAAUAAACAGCUGAAGCAUUA